GCCGAAGCCGGAGCCGAGCCGUCAAAAAAACAGUCGCCUCCACAAGCCUGUACUGGUAUGUCUCUUACUGGUAUGUAUCAGACCUCACAAAUCCAAUGGAGCGUUCACAUUUAUUUUGUGAAACCAUUGUUUAAGCGACCUGUGGAUAACAAAACAAAAUUAUAGGUCUAUUGUUGCAGCAGUCCUGCCUGGAGCCAUUUUUAAAGAUUGGUAUUACCUCAGCUACUUUAAAAGGGUCAGAGUAGAUUCCAGAUUUGAAUGAUUCGUUUAUUAUUAAACUUAAAAGGUAACUGAGUUCUUAAAAUGAAAAAAUAAGUAUUUUUGAGGGAAUACUGUUUGGCCCAUUACCUUUUUUUGAAUUCAUGGCAGAUAUAUAGUCUUUAAUAUCUUGAGGAGUAACUGAAGUUAUAUAAAAUUAGGUAGGAUUGCAGUUUUUAAGAUAGUAGCUAAAGCCAUUUCUUGGAAGUAUUAUUUUCGAAUCAAGGUUUUCUGCUACUGUAUAAAACUACUCAUUUAGAGUAUUUGAAAUUAUUUUCUUGUCUGUGAUAUUUUGGUUAAACUAUCUAUAACAAGGUGUAUCUAUAGCAUUUGAUUUUAAAUUAAUUGUGCUCUUAAUUUCUUUCCAAGUUGCAUUUUACAUUUUCAUUAAAAUAUUUUGAGUAAUUUAGUUUUUUAGAAUUGUUAAUUUGAUUUCUAUAAGAUUUAAAACACUGAAAGUUUUAAGUUCUGAUUUGUACAUUUUAUAAAUUUUUUGUGCUAUAUUUUUGAUUUUAAUUACUUAAUGAUCCCAGCGGUGAUCCAUGGUUUAGUUAGAGUUUUUGUGUUUUUAUUGUAGGCAGUUUGAAUAGUGCAUAAUAACCAAGAACCUUGUUGAUAAUUUCCAAAAAGUUUGUUGUUGAAUUAUUGGUAUCUUUAUUUGCUCCUUCAAUAACAGGAUCCCGAUCUGUAACUUUAAGUUUAUCAAGGAAUAGUUUGUUGUCAAAAUUCCUGAAACAUCGACAAUAUGAUUUUAGGUGCGGUUUUUCAAUUUUUUUUUGAAUGGUGUCGCAAUAAACUGUCUAAGGUGAUCUAAAGAAUAUGUUAGAUUGCCAGAUAUAAAGUUGCUUGGUACUGGUACACUCUUUAAAUCUUGUUUGUGAAUGCACCGUGGACUGUUGUAAAAAUGCUUUCGAAAUUUGAAACAAUCUGUUUGUGCAGUUUGUUUGGAAAAAAAAGGCGAAUAUUCAAAAUCACUAUCAAAAGUACAACCAUCCAUAGCAAAUAAAAUCAAGGAGUAUAUUUGGCCUGAGUACAAUGAAGAAUUUACUGUCUGCUCUGACGUAAUUUGUUCAAAUUGUAGAAGAAACAUCUUUUUGCUGGAGAAAGGAUCAAGCACUUAUCUGUCAAACUGGAUGAGUAAAGUUUCUCAAGUUGACAGACCAAAAAUUAGACGCAGUACUAAACUUAGUGAUAUUAUUCAAUCAUCGCAUGUUAAAACACAAGCUGUAGGACAUCUAAAGGAUAAUAUAUGCAGUUGUUGCUUUUCUCUCCUUGCAAAAGGAGGUCAUAACAACUGUUGUUCUAGUCAGGCUGUUUUGAACCUAAUUAAUUUGUCAGAAAACCUUGGUCCCACAUCAUGCGAGCAAGUUGCUUCAAGCAUAAUUAAAAACAAGAUGGAGCGAGAAGGCAUUGAGAGAGGCCAGUCUUUUAAAAUAUCUACAGGUGGGAAUCCAUUAUCUUUAACUGUUGGAACUAAAGACUAGGAAAUCUUCAAGAAAAUCUUUCAAUCAGAUAUCAUUUCAAACUGUGAUGGAAUUAACUUCUAUACUGGAAUUGACAAAAAAUCAAACAAAAAAAUUGAUAUCUAGUCUGCGUAAGAAUCUGGGAUCAUCUACUGUUGUUGAGAACAAUGUAGUUAGCAUGAUGUCAUCAUUACAACAAGAAAUUGAAUCUGAAUAUAAAAUAGAACAAGAUAAUUUUAUUUGGACUAAUGAAACUGUCACAAGAGAUAUAGUAUUUAUUCAUGAUACUUCUGAAUUUAUUCUUAGUAUUUUAACGGAAAGAAGCUUGGAUUCUCUCUCCAGUAUGGUACGUAUAUCCAUUGAUGGAGGUCAAGGAUUUCUUAAAGUAAUUAUAAAUGUCUUUGAUAAGGCCAAUAAAAAUGAGAUGUAUAUUGACAGUGGAGUUAAGAAGUGUUUUAUUCUUGCUAUUGUUGAAGAUGUUUCUGAAGACAAUGGAAAUCUGCAUAAAAUCUUGAGCAGAUUAAAUCUAGGUGACGUUACGUAUUACCUUGCAUUUGACUUAAAAUGUGCUAACAACAUCUUCAGUUUAUCUUCUCAUUCCGGUAAACAUGCCUGCUUGUGGUGUGAAGGUGAAUGUUCCCUAGAAAGUGGUACUCCCAGAACGUUAGGUUCUCUUGAUCAUUGGUACAAGUUAUUUGUUGAAAAUGGGGCAAAGCGAUUGCAGAUGAAAGAUUUUAAAAAUGUGAUUAGUCCUCGUCUUGUUUAUUUUGAUAAAAAUCCUGAAGAUGAAAUUAAUCACAUAGUUCCACCCCCAGAAUUACAUCUUCUUAUGGGGAUUGUAACGAUACUUGGUAGACUACUUUUAGAUCAUUGGCCUUUGUUUACAAAUUGGCUCAAAGAACAUUAUAUUUUACUCCGAGGUUAUCAUGGGAUAGGCUUUGAUGGCAAUAAUGCCACAAAACUUCUAGAAAAAGUAGAUAUUUUAGAAAGAGAUGUUUUAGCAUCUUAAACUAAUUUAAUACCUAUUGUUCAUUGCCUCAGAAAAUUUUCAAAGGUUAAAGAGAGCACAUUUGGACAAGAAUUAGGCAGCAAUGAUUCUUCAGUUAUUGUAGAGUUCAAGAUAUCAUUUUUUGACCUACAGCAGUAUGCAAAAAUACAUUUAAAUGCAGAGCUGAAUGUUACAUGGAAAGUGUUGCUUGCCAUAUUCUCCCAUUUGUGAAAUUCAAUUCUUGUUCUCUAGGAUCAUAUGCCGAACAGACUGGAGAGGCUGUUCACAGUGCCUUUAAACCAAGUUGGUCUCGAUAUAAGUGAAGGAUUGGGCAUACAGAUUAUGGUAAACGAUUAAAAUCUGCUACAGCCACUUUUUGCUUAGAUAAGUUGUAGAUAUUAUAAUAUAUAAGUAGUUGUGUUAAUAUUUUUAUUGCA